AUGCCACCCGCGCCGGCGACGGCCACGGCGGCGGCGGCGGUGCUGCACCUGGAGCCCUUCCUCCCUUGCCUGACCACGUUCUCACACUACAAGCAGUUCCACGCGCAGCUCAUCACCUCGGCCCGCCUCUACUUUGAGCCCUCCCUCCGAGCCCGCUUCCUCGACCGCCUCGCGCUCUCCGCGCACGCCGCGGCGCUGCCGCACGCCCUCCUCCUCCUCCGCUCCCUCCCGUCCCCCGCCACCAACGACCUCAACGCCGCCCUCCGGGGCCUCGCCGCCUCCCCGCACCCCGCGCGCUCGCUGCUCCUCCUCGCCGGCCGCCUCCUCCCCUCGCCGUCCCCGCCGCGGCCCCGCCUCGACGCGCUCUCCCUCUCCUUCGCGCUGAAGGCCUCCGCCCGGUGCUCCGACGGGCCCGCCACCCUCCAGCUCCACGCGCUCGUCCUCUGCCUCGGCUGCACGGCCGACGUCCGGCUGAUCACCACGCUGGUCGACUCGUAUGCGAAAUGCGACGACCUCGCGUCCGCACGGAACGUGUUCGAUGGAAUGACCGUGCGCGACGUGGCCUCGUGGAAUGCACUGCUUGCUGGGCUGGCUCAGGGGACUGAGCCUACCCUGGCCCUGAAGCUGUUCCACAGACUGGUAGGGAGCUUCCGGGAGCUGCCACCAAGGGAGGCACCCAAUGAGGUGACCAUGGUUGCCGCGCUUUCUGCGUGUGCACAGAUUGGCUCGUUACAGGACGGGUUGUAUGUGCAUGAGUUUGUUCGCAAAAUGGGCGUCAGCGGCAAUGUUCGUGUUUGCAAUGCACUUAUUGACAUGUACUCCAAGUGCGGUUCAUUGGCCCGGGCGCUGGAAGUGUUCCACUCCAUCAAACGAGAAGACCGGACACUUGUGUCAUACAAUACUGCGAUACAAGCAAUUUCCAUGCAUGGGCAUGGGGGUGACGCACUAAAGUUGUUUGAUGAAAUGCCGACAUCUAUUGAGCCGGACGAAGUGACCUACAUCGCUGUGUUGUGCGGAUGCAACCAUGCUGGGCUCGUGGAUGAUGGCCUCAGGGUUUUUCAUGGCAUGAGGGUUCCUCCCAAUGUAAAGCACUACGGCACUGUUGUGGACCUUCUUGGCCGUGCAGGCCGCCUUGCCGAGGCAUAUGAUACCAUUAAGUCCAUGCCGUUUCCUGCAGAUAUUGUCCUCUGGCAGACAUUGCUGGGUGCGUCCAAGACGCAUGGUGAUGUUGAGCUCGCGGAGUUAGCUGCUACAAAGCUUGCCGAGCUUGGUUCAAAUGUUGAUGGUGACUAUGUGCUCCUCUCUAAUGUAUAUGCGUCAAAGGCACGGUGGGCAGAUGUUGGUCGAGUCCGUGAUACCAUGCGAAGCAAUGAUGUGCGGAAAGUACCUGGCUUCAGCUACACAGAGAUAAGUGGUGUAAUGCAUAAGUUCAUUAAUGGUGAUAAAGAGCACCCAAGGUUGCAGGAGAUUUACAGAGCGCUAGAGGAAAUUGUAUCAAGAAUAGGUGAGCUGGGAUAUGAGCCAGAAACAAGUAAUGUGCUUCAUGACAUCGGGGAGGAGGAGAAGCAGUAUGCAUUGUCUUAUCAUAGCGAAAAGCUGGCCAUUGCAUUUGGGCUGAUUGCCACGCCACCUGGGGAGACCUUGCGGGUGAUAAAAAAUCUCCGAAUAUGUGGGGACUGUCAUGUAGUGGCAAAACUCAUAUCUAAAGCCUAUGGCCGAGUGAUUAUAAUCAGGGAUAGAGCAAGAUUCCAUCGGUUUGAAGAUGGGCAGUGCUCUUGCGGCGAUUACUGGUAA